UAUUGCGAAGAAUUAAAGCGAUCCGUGACCCGGACGUACUUAGUUAUUCUUGCCUGCUUCACAGCGGUGCGAGAACCAAAGCAGAGGAAAGAAAGCUUUUCUAGCUAAUUGACACGUUAUCUGCUGUUGUUUCAGUCAAACAGUAAACCUCGGCAUUCAAUCAGGACUCUACUGUGACACGUGCUCUACAUUUUGAAAAAUGUAGGAGCACACAACGAUAUCUAGGAGCAGAAUGAAAAAUAUUUGAGGCUGGUGCCAGCACCUGUUGAUGGAGUCUAUGGUCCAGUGAGAUGACUGACCAGGGCAACAACAACCAAAACAUCUCCCGCAACCCCUUCGCUGCCCUUUUCAGCUCCCUCGCCGACGCCAAGCAGUUUGCAUCGGGCCAGAAACCACCUUUUCACCAUGGCGAACCAACAUCGGAGGACUCGGAGGGAAGUCAGUCCGAGUCGGAGAACUCAGACAGCAUCGAGGACAAUGACGACUCGGUGGCCGAGAUCAGCCGCUCCUUCCUGUCGCGGCAGGAGCUGUGCGAACAGCUCAACAUCAACCACAUGAUCCAGAGGAUCUUCCUCAUCACCUUGGACAACAGUGACCCCAGUCUGAGAGGAGGCAAUGGGAUUCCUCCACGCUGUGUGUUCCUGGUGGAAAUGGCCGCUGAGAUGGACGGUCAAGACUGGCUGGACAUGGACAACAUCGAGCAGGGACUCUUCAACAGAUUAUUGAUGCUGGAGCCAGGAAACCACCUCAUCUACAUGACGUCGUGUAAUGCUGUGAAUCUCUCUGCCGACCGAGACGCUGGGGACAAGUGCGCCAUACCGUUCCUCUACGCCUGCUACCAGAGAGCCAAGGAAGAGGUCACCAAGGUACCGGAGAAGCUGCUGUCGUACGCGGUGCGCUGUAAGAACCUGGCGGUGUCCAACACGCGCACGGUCCUGCUCACCCCCGAGAUCUACAUCAGCCAGAACGUGUACGAGCAGCUACUGGAUUUGCUGCUAGAGGGAGUCGGCGGAGCCCAGCUGGACGAGGUGGUGGAGUUCGUGGAGGAGGUGAUCGCUGGCCUGUUGGCUGACCAGGAGGUGCGCACCUUCAGCGAGGUGAUCGGGCCCGUGCUCGAUAUCCUCCAAGGCCGUGUGAAAGACUUGGAUCUCUGCCAGCUGCUGCUUUUCUCCUACCUGGAUCUGCUCCUCUACUUCAGCCGCCAAAAAGACAUCGCUACGGUAUUGGUGGAGCACAUCCAACCCAAAGAUCCCAACAAUGGGCUUCAGUAUCAGAAGACCCUCCUUGGCACUGUGUUGAGUAUCUCUUGUCUGCUGAAGACCCCGGGGGUGGUGGAGGGUCAUAGCUUCUUCCUCAACCCCUCACGCUCCAGUCCACAAGAAAUGAAGGUGCAGGAGUCCAACAUACACCAGUUCAUGGGCCAGUUCCAUGACAAGCUGCACCAGCUCCUGAAGAACCUGCUGCAGCAGUCGGGUGAGACGCGUCACCUGCUGCUCUCCUGGCUGGGCGGCUGCCUGCAGGCCAACGCUGGGCGCACCAAGAUCUGGGCCAACCAGAUGCCCGACAUCUUCUUCCAGAUGUAUGCCUCAGACGCCUUCUUCCUCAACCUGGGCGCCGCGCUGCUCAAGCUGUGCCAGCCCUUCUGCCGGCCGCGCUCGCCCAAGCUGCUCACCUUCAACCCCACCUACUGCGCCCUCAAGGAGCUCAGCGAGGAGGAGCGGCGCAACCGCAACGUGCAUGCCAGAGGUCUGGACAAAGAGACGUGUCUCGUCCCACUUCCCCCCCAGCAGUCGGUGGAGUACGCCCAGUCGUACAGCCUCCUCACUGAGAACCUCAUCCUCACCCAGAUGACCCUUCACCUGGGCUUCCACAGACUCCACGAGCAGAUGGUGAAGAUGAACCAGUCGCUCCACCGGCUGCAGGGUACGUGGCGGGAGGCCCAGCUCACGGGCGGCCCGGCGGCGGAGCAGCUCCGCGAGCAGUUCGAGCGCCUCAUGACGGUCUACCUGUCGACCAAGGCAGCAGCCACCCAGCCGGGCAUGCUGCAGUGCUGCCUCAACCUGCAGGCGUCCAGCGCCACACUCCUGGUUCAACUGGGCCUCAGCAACCAGGGGCCCGAGCACGCCCAGCUCUCCUUCCCCCUGCCGCCGCUACACAACAGCCUGCUCUGUCACAUGCCAGAGUUCUUUGCGGAGAACUUGGGAGAUUUCUUUGUCUUCCUCCGCCGCUUCGCCGACGAGGUCCUGGAGUCUUCUGCCGACAGCUUGGAGCAGGUCCUCAACUUCAUCACUGUGUUCAUGGGAAACGUGGAGAGGAUGAAGAACCCUCAUUUGCGGGCGAAGCUGGCAGAGGUGCUGGAGGCGGUGAUGCCCCACAUGGAACCGGCGACGGCUGGCACAGCCCAGCCAAUCAUGUUCCAGCGUCAAAGGGUCUUCUGCUCCUACCCCCAUGCACCUCACCUGGCUGAGGCACUCAUUGCUGUGUUUGUGGACAUUGAGUUCACUGGUGACCCUCACCAGUUUGAACAGAAGUUCAACUACAGGAGACCUAUGUAUCCCAUCCUCAAGUUCAUGUGGGGGAAGGAGAGCUACAGAGAGAGCAUUAAGAGUCUUGCUGUUUAUGCAUCCGAGAACCUCGAGGCCAUGAAUCCUCCACUCUUCCUGCGGUAUCUGAAUCUCCUGAUGAACGACGCCAUCUUCCUACUCGACGAAGCUAUACAGUACCUGAGCAAGAUUAAGCUUCUGCAACUGGAGAAGGACCAUGGCGAGUGGGAGGGCCUAGCUCCUGAUGCCCUCAGGGAGAAGGAGUCCAGUUUGCAUAUGUUGGGACAGCUGGCACGCUUCCAUAACAUCAUGUCCAACGAGACCAUCGGCACACUGGCUUUCCUCACAUCGGAGAUCAAGUGUAUUUUUGUGCACCCUUUCAUGGCCGAGAGGAUCAUCUCCAUGCUCAACCACUUCCUGCAGCACCUGGUUGGCCCCAAGAUGGGCGCCCUGAAGGUAAAAGACUUCAGCGAGUUUGACUUCAAGCCUCAACAACUGGUCUCCGAUAUCUGCACCAUCUACCUUAACCUGGGUGAUGAAGAGAAUUUCUGUGCCACUGUCCCAAAAGACGGGCGCUCCUACUCUCCCACGCUCUUCUCUCAGACUGUCCGAGUCCUGAAGAAGAUCAACAAGCCCGGAGAAGUUAUUGUUGGUUUCGGUCUCCUUGCUGACAAAAUAAAGUCUCAUGCAGACCGACAGCUGCAGGAUGAGGAAACGUACGCGGACGCCCCAGACGACUUCCUGGACCCCAUUAUGUCCACACUGAUGCUCGACCCUGUACUGCUCCCCUCCUCCAAUGUCACGGUUGAUCGCUCGACCAUAGCACGGCAUUUACUCAGUGAUCAGACAGACCCGUUCAACCGCAGUCCACUCACAAUGGAUCAGAUCCGGCCCAACGAGGAGCUGAAGCAACAGAUCUUACAGUGGCUGGCCCAGCAUAAGCAGGAGCGGCUGCAGAUGGGCCCUAGUGGCUAGCCCUGGGAUCUUCUCAAACAAACUAUGAUUGUACCAUACCUUCCCUCACCUCCUUACCGGCAGUAGUAUGCUCCACUAUGACUCAUCCAUGUGUGCUUGCCUUCAAGCUUCGGACUUCAAACCACGUGAGACUUUGGUUUCUCCCUCUCAUGCAGCGCACAUCACUCAAAUACCCUCACUGGUCAAUGGAAGAACCCAUGUCUCAAAAACUGUCAAGAGAGCAGGUAGUGGUGCAAUUGAAAACCGAGUUACACUGCUACAUUCAUGUGCCCUAUGGUGGUUUUAGAAUGUUGCCCCCUGCUUCAGAGAAUAUGCUGUUUACCAUUAGUGGUUGCAGUCUGGUCAGAACCACUGGUCUAACUGGACAAUAGUCGUUUAGGAAUUCCUAAAUUAAUAUCAGCUCUGCCAAAUGUUUUUUAUAUUUUGAAAGUAGGCAAAGUAUACUGAACAAGAAAAUGUCAUGUGUCUUAUUAAUUGCCCCGUGUCUCUAUCGUAACCCUAAGGUCAAUAUGCACUACGAACCUAAACAACAUUAUCUAACGUUAUUUAGCAUUUACAAUUGAAAUAAUGUCUUAUGCAAGCAUAUAAUACCCAUGUAAUAAAAUGUGGGCUAACCAAUCUUAAUUUAAAGAAUCGGUGCCUAAAACCACCAGCUUUGCUUUAAUUUCAUCGACCAGACAUUUUUCAAGUUAUUAUAUUGUCUUUGUUGCAUUUAUGGUAUCAAAUGCGCUGUCAACGGAUAUGUCUUAAAUCCUACACAAGAGAUGGUAUAGACAAUGUAGGAGUUUGCUAUUGUCACUUGCUAUUGGUUAUUUACAAAGCAGUUUGUAACUUGUGCCAGUUGCUCUUGUUUGGAAUUUGAGACUUAAUGCAAUGUAAAGUGUGAUUUGCCGAAGAAAUUAGUAGAACACGUGUGAGAGAAUGCCCAAUUGAUAGCAUGCAUUUGUAUGUGGUGUAUCUACUAACUUGAUGAUUACCAGAGUGAAAUUAUAAUGCAAUAUUUUAACUGUCAAUGUAUUUUGAAUGUACAGUAUGACUAAUAAAUAAAGCUUUGAUGUGUUACAGUA